UGUGUGACAAUAAACUCAAAACAGAUGCAAUUCACAAGGGUUCGUUUUCUCAGUGUUUGUUUAGAUAAAACAUAUGUUAUUGUCAAUAAUAAAGACCAACAAGUUUCUGUUCUUCAUGUUCUGUGGUGAUCAUAUUCCAUCAUCUCUGUGGUCUAAAUGGAUUUAAUUAAUAAGAACUCAAUGUGGGGACUUGGAGUUUCUCAACAACACAGCAACAAGUCUCUGUCACACGUUAAGUUGUUCUUUGAUUAUAGCCACAACUAGGAUCACUCAGGAGUACAUGACAGUUAUACGUAAAAAAUGAACAUCUCGUUAGGUUUCGUUUCUUGUCAUCAAUCAUGUCUAGAAGACAGUACCAUGUGAAACUCUGUUUGUGUAUGUCCCAUACUUUCAAUGGUUCCAGGGUAAUUGUCAGUCCAUCAAUGUAUUUAUACAUCCAGGAACCAAGUCUUCAAAUCACCAAGUAGUAAAGAAAGCAAUCCAAACAUUGAAUCUGAGCAUCUAACACUUCUUUCAGAAGCUUCAAAUUUCAAGACACAAGAAAUGGCUUUGUUCAGAGGUCUCUUGGGUGCCAAGAGGAUUAUUGGCGUAUCUGUAGCGGCUACAAGCAGGAAGACAGUUUCAGCGCCAAAGGGGUUUCUUGCGGUGUACGUUGGGGAAGACAAUGUCCAGAAGAAGAGAUUUUUGGUGCCAGACUCAUAUCUAAACCAGCCUUCUUUUCAAGCUCUUCUCAAUAAAUCCGAGGAAGUAUUUGGAUUUGAUCAUCCAAUGGGUGGCUUGACAAUCCCUUGUCCUGAAGAUACCUUCACCAGUGUGACUCCCCGGUUUCAGUAAUGUUCUAGAAGAAUAAAGAUCUGACAUUAGUUUGCCCGAGUUAGAGAUAGAAUUAUUCAAUGUAAAUAUGUUAACUGUUUUACCAUUUUUUUUAAAAAAAUAUGUUAACUUUUUCUUCUUUCUUUGUGAAAGAAAGUUAUUCAAGAGAUUACAAAGCUCAAAUGUGUAUUCCAUAUUUCUCUGUAAAGCAAUGGUUAUUCAAUGAUAAAAAUUUCAUCA